AAUAUCGGUGAUUCAUUUCCUUGUGAUUAUCGCCAUCUUCAACAUUUCAUCCCUGAUCCUAUAGUAGUCCAUGCACAAACCGUGAAAAGUUUUUAGUUACCCCCUCUGCGACUCCUGUCACCUCCCGCCCUUUUCUUCUUUUUUACCCCCCCCCCUCCCCAACACCCAUCCAUACAAACUCCUGCAUCAUCUCUCAAACUAACUCACUCCUCUCUGUACCUUCAGCCGGUCUCCUCUCCAUCCACCGCGUCACAUUAACCCCUCAGCUGCAGCCUGACAACCAGACUGACAGCCCCCGGCACCACCAUGCUCUGGAAAUCCAGAACCAAGACUGACGUUCUGCAGGACCGGGCAGACGGACUAAGCGGCUCUUCGCCGAGCGGGCGCCUCUCCCAGCUGUCCUCCCUGAACCAGGCCGCUUACUCCUCGGCUCCCCCGCUCUGCCACACUCCGGCCUCUGACUUCCAGCCUCCGUACUUCCCUCCCCCCUAUCCCCAGUCCUCCCUGCCAUACUCCCAAAGCCAGGACUCAUAUUCCCACCUGUCAGACCCCUACACCUCCAUCAACUCCAUCCAUCAGCAUCAGCAAGUGGCAUGGCACUCGCAGAGGUCGCGCUCCGACGACGGGGGACUCCUUUCACAGUCGCACCGGGCUCUGAGCCUCGACCCCCGGCGGGAGUAUGCAGCUGUCCCUCGGCUGCUGCACGGUCUCGGAGAAGGUGCGGCCGCUCUCGGGGACGGUCCUCUCGGGAUGCAACUGGGACAUCACGGCCUGGACGAUAUUCAGGGAAUGGAGGAAGGAUCAGCCCUGGGCAUCCUCGACCACUCUGUCAUUAAAAAAGUUCCCAUCCCGUCCAAGCUAAACGGGUCAUCCCUUUCUAUCUUGUCCCUCGGUAAGGAGGGUCUCGGUAUGGGAGCCGUGUCCAACCCAGCCGAGGUUUUCUGUUCGGUCCCGGGUCGCCUCUCGCUGCUCAGCUCCACCUCUAAGUACAAGGUGACUGUCGGGGAGGUGCAGCGACGCCUCUCUCCGCCUGAGUGCCUCAACGCCUCUCUGCUGGGUGGAGUUCUGCGCAGGGCGAAGUCAAAGAAUGGUGGCCGCUGUCUGAGAGAGCUGGAGAAGAUUGGCCUCAACCUGCCCGCCGGGCGACGCAAGGCAGCCAACGUCACUCCUACAUCUCUAGUGGAGGGUGAGGCCGUCCAUCUGGCGCGGGACUUUGGUUAUGUCUGUGAGACAGAGUUUCCAGCCAAAGCCACAGCUGAGUAUCUGUGCAGGCAGAGCGAACCGGACCAGCUCCCAACACGGCGCAGUAUGCUGCUCGCCACCAAGGAGAUCUGUAAGGAGUUUGUGGACAUGAUGUCCCAGGACCGCUCUCCUCUGGGUGGCAGUCGACCCAACCCCUGCCUGGAGCCUGGCGUCCAGGGAAGCCUCACCCACUUCAGUCUGCUCACCCACGGCUUCGGUACUCCCGCCAUCUGCGCCGCGCUCUCCGCCUUCCAGAGCUACUUGAUGGAGGCGAUCAAAAUGCUGGAUAAAGGAGAGGGUGGAGGGAAGAGCCACCACGACAAGGAGAUGAAGCACCGCAAAUAGAGGGAGGACAUACAAGAUAUGUUGAUGGAUGGAUGAGAUGAGAGGCAGAAAGGAAGAGA